AUGGUUCAGGUCACACAGCUCAAGGUUGCCGUCCUCGACGACUACCAGGGCGUCUCAGAACCCUACUUCAGCAAGCUCGACAAGUCGCUCUUCGACGUCACCACGUUCAAGGACACCCUCCUGCCUUACAACCACCCAGAGACUCCCGAGUACGUCAAAGAUGCUUUGGUCUCGAGACUGGAGCCGUUUGAUGUAAUUUGCACAAUGAGAGAGCGAACCCCUUUCCCCAAGGACCUCAUCUCGCGCCUCCCAAAUCUCAAGCUACUUCUCACCACCGGCCUGCGCAACAACAGCCUUGAUCUGCCCGCCUUCAAGGACCGCGGGAUCCCGGUUGCCGGCUCCGCCGACAAGGCCACCGGCAAGCAAGUUGGCACCAACUCCACGACGGAGCACUGCGUCACCCUCAUCCUCUCUCUGGCACGCAACAUCGCCUCGUCCGACGUUGCGGUCAAGUCUGGUCUGUGGCAGACCGACCUCGCGAUGGGGUUGACUGGCAAGACCUUCGGUGUCCUCGGUCUCGGCCGCCUUGGCGUCUCGACGGCGAAGAUCAUGCACCUCGCCUUUGGGAUGAAGAUCAUCGCCUGGAGCACGAAUCUCACACAGGAGGCUGCGGAUGAGAAGGCCACGAGCGCAGGACUGCCCGUCGAGGGACCCGAUGGCGAGAAGACCUUCAAGGUUGUCAGUCGAGAGGAGCUAUUCAGCACCGCCGACGUUAUCAGCGUGCACCUGGUGCUCUCGGAACGCUCUCGCGGGCUGGUCAACGCGGACGACUUGUCGAAGAUGAAGAAGACGGCGCUGUUCAUCAACACUUCCCGAGGACCACUAGUGGUUGAGAAGGACUUGCUCGAGACGUUGAAGAAGGGCGGCAUCCGCGGCUGCGCGCUGGAUGUUUUCAACCUCGAGCCCUUGCCCACGGAUAGUGAGUGGAGGACGACGGAAUGGGGUCAAGACGGACGCAGUAAGGUGCUCUUGACGCCUCACAUGGGAUACGUUGUUGAAGAGACGUUGAAUGCCUGGUACCAGCAGCAGGUGGACAACAUCAGGAGGUGGCAGGCGGGAGAUGUCCUAGUCAACGUGUUAGCUUAA